GGAGGAGGGCACACACAGGCAGGACCCAAACAAAGCUGCGGCUCCCCAGUGUCAGCGCCAAGUACCGGGGCCGCCAUGACAUAACGCGGACGGUAUCAGCGGGCAGCCCGGGAGCACACAGCAGAGGAGGCGGCGGCGGGGGAGAGAGCGGCGCUCCGGCCGCGGCAGCCAAUGAGCGGCACGUCUCCGGCGGUGACAUAUGCAGCAGGCAGAGUAGCUGGAGAAUAAAGAUGGCAAUAUCUGUGAUCCAGGCAUGCCGCAGCCUGGCGCUCUCCACCUGGCUCCUCUCCUACUGCUUCGUGCACCUGCUCUGCAUGGACUUCACGGUGGCCGAGAAGGAGGAGUGGUACACGGCCUUCGUCAACAUCACUUACCAGGACCCGGCCAGCGGCAGCAACCGGACGGAGAAGAGCGAGUGCGGGCGCUACGGGGAGCACUCCCUCAAGCAGGAUGCCUGGGGCUUGGCGGUGAUGCCCUCCCCGCAGGACAAGCUGGCCUGUGACCCCGCCGCCAAGUUCCCGGUGCCAGCCUACGCCGGGAGAUGGGUGGCCCUCAUCCCCAUAGGGAACUGCACGUGUAGGGAGAAGAUCCGGCACGCAGCCCUGCACAACGCCUCUGCCGUGCUCAUAUAUAACGUGGGAUUCGGGAAUGACACCAUCACCAUGUCCCAUCCAGGCAUUGAAGAUAUUGUAGCAAUAAUGAUCCCGGAGCCUAAAGGGAAAGAAAUAGCAAGUUUAAUAGAAAAGAACCUUAACGUGACUAUUUACAUUACAAUUGGAACACGGAACUUACAAAAAUUUGUCAGCCGUACCUCUGUGGUCUUUGUUUCCAUAUCCUUCAUCGUUCUGAUGAUCAUCUCCCUUGCCUGGCUAGUAUUCUACUACAUCCAGAGGUUUAGAUACGCAAAUGCCAGAGAUAGAAAUCAGAGGCGGCUCGGUGAUGCUGCAAAAAAAGCCAUCAGCAAAUUGCAGGUCAGGACCAUCAGAAAAGGAGACAAGGAGACAGAGCCAGACUUUGAUAACUGCGCUGUAUGUAUCGAAGGAUAUAAACCUAAUGAUGUUGUCCGAAUCUUGCCGUGCAGACAUCUUUUCCAUAAAUCUUGUGUGGACCCAUGGUUGUUAGAUCACCGCACAUGUCCAAUGUGUAAAAUGAACAUUCUUAAAGCUCUGGGUAUACCGCCAAAUGCAGACUGUUUAGAUGACAUCACUCCAGACUAUGAUGGUUCAGUAGGACCGCCAACCAAUCAAAUUACAGGAGCCAGCGAUGUCACUGUGAACGAGAGUUCUAUAGGAGUAGACCCCGCUGUCCGCACUGUAGGUGUUUUACAGAUCAUCCAAGAUGCUGAUGUACUUCCACAGGUCGGAGAGAUCAGCUAUACUGCAAGCAGUGAACAAGAGCCAGCAAUCAGCAGUGACUCUGAUAUAUCGCUAAUCAUGGCGGUAGACGUUGGACUAUCAGAUGUGGAUCUUUCCACUGACCAGGACUGUGAGGAGGUGAAGUCAUGAGCAGGUCUGUUGCUGGGUUCCAUAGGAAAGAUAUAGAAGGUAUAAAGCAGUCAGCUGUCCUGGAGUUUGGACUGUUCCGAUAAGUAAAAAAAAAAAAAACACUCACCAUCACCAUAAAUCUCCAGUGCACUCCAUUAUGGGAUGAACAUGAAAAAGCAAUAGCGCCAGAUGCCUGCUGUUUCAGCACUGUUUCUUACCUGCAGGAUUUUAAGUUGUGCUGACAUGGGAGCUGUGGCCUCCCUCAUAUGGUCACAAGACAUCAGUCUGCAGGCUUCCCUAAUGUGAACAGUAGACCUGGACCUAAAGUGAAAUAUUUGAUGCUGGUUUUAAAAAGAGAGAAGAACUUUACAAUCCCUUUUUUUUUGUUGUUUACCCAGUUUUAAUCAUUGUAUCCAAUCACCAAUAUCUUGGUCAUGAUAGAAAAUGCUUUUGUAUUUUUUUUUUUACAUUUAUGGCUUCUCUGCCAAGUCAACAUGAAGAGAUUGUUAUGGUCAUGAAUGAAUGCGCCCCGCUCUUAUCAGAAGAAAGCUAUGAUUACCGGAUGGGCUCCCGUCCCAGAAGCACUUGAGAAGAAAAUGUCUUUAGAGGGCCUGUGCCACUUGCAUGUGAUCUGGCAUUUCUCAUGAACUGUACAAAGAAUGUUGGGUACUAAAAUAACAAUCUGUUACUCCGAGUCAUUGAAGAGGCUCAGACGUGUGAAUUAAGAGGCAUUAUGUUAUUGCACCAUCAAUUUUGCAUCUAUACCUUAACAAUGUAGGUCAAAGUGUUUGACACCGUGCAAAUAGAUUUUUUUUUUUUUAUUAACUCCCACUUAUUUAUUGUGGGGAACCUGUCCUUUUGACUCUUAAUGGAAAUGUAUGCAGUAUUGUGCUUACACUACAGAGUAGCAUAUGUUUUUCAAGAAUAAAUAUAUAUUUUUUCAAAAGAGAAUAUAAAUACUAGUGGGUGAGUUGAAAAAACAAAACAAAAAAAACAAUGGUAGUUCGGUGCUCUGAUGUUGUGUAAGAUAUCAUACUUGUUCAUGACAUUCCAUUAUGCCAUUAUCUAGGAAUUCAAUAUAUUGACCCAGGAUGCAAAGUCAGUUUUGCAUAAGAUUGAAUGUAUUGCCAUCGGCUACAAUGAACUGUCGAAUAGAAUAGGGUCCUGUUCAUAGUCUGGAAACAAGGAUUUUCCGAAAACCACAGGAAAGUAGUUAAUGUUUCUUAACAUGAAUAUUGGUACAUAUAGUAUAAAGGAAUAUGGUGAAAGCCAAAAAUUAUGAUAUUGUGAAGCGGUUUUUGUAAAAAUUUUAAAUGUUCAUACAUCAGGUGAAGAGGGUUAGCGGGUUGGCAUGUGAAAAGGAAGGGAUGGAGAAUAUCUUAUAGGGACUUUUAGUUAAGACAUACAGCUAAAUUCAUACAAUGCAACAAAGUCCACAAGAAGUAUACAGUCGGCACUGCCUAACUUCCUCUACACCACCAUAAGGCUUGCUAGUGCUCAGUUUUUUACUUGCUCCUACCCGGUGCUCAGUGGUGAAGAGACGUAGCUUCAGAAAUCAUACCUUGCACAGAAGAAAACCACGGCACUCGAUACGGAUGCAAUCAAGAUUAUUUAUUCCCGCUUGAGGUAUACAGACAUGUCGGGAGGGAGAGAAGAGACGGGACGACGUCUGUUUCGCAGAUCACUCUGCUUCUGCCGGUCCCUACCUACGUUGUCCAAUUCGCAGAUCACUCUGCUUCUGCCGGUCCCUACCUACGACGUCCGUUUCGCAGAUCACUCUAAUUCUGCCGGUCCCUACCUACGACGUCCGUUUCGAAGAUCACUCUGCUUCUGCCGGUCCCUACCUACGUUGUCCAAUUCGCAGAUCCCUCUGCUUCUGCCGGUCCCUACCUAUGACGUCCGUUUCGCAGAUCACUCUAAUUCUGCCGGUCCCUACCUACGACGUCCGUUUCGCAGAUCACUCUGCUUCUGCCGGUCCCUACCUACGGUAGGGACCGGCAGAAGCAGAGUGAUCUGCGAAACGGACGCCGUCCCGUCUCUUCUCCCCCU